UUGCUUCGGACUAUUACCCGCCACGCAUUUCUCUCCCCCGGGACCUGCAAGAUGGAACUGCUUUUCGGAGAUUUCCACCUAAUCUCAUGCUCCCCUGGCGGAGAAUCCUAGCCUCUCCAGCUGUCUUAUCUCGACGUUUAUAUAUCGCCAUCAGCCGCAAGCCAGAGUUGGUAAAACUCAUAGCUCCCAUCAUCCCUUAUCCAAUGGGUCAAUCCAAGUCUACCCCUCGCUCGUCAUCACAGCACUCGGGCUCUCGUAACGGCUUCCUCAAACCCUCCCAGAAGCCCCAAAUGGUUCAGAAACAAGCGCCCCAGGCCGUAGCGGCGCCGUUGUCAUCGCCCGAACCUGUCCCCGGCGGUCCGUUGCCGCUGAGCGGGAAAGUAUUUGCCAUCACUGGCGGCGCGAGCGGGAUCGGCCUGGCGACGGCCCAGGUGCUGUCAAGACGAGGAGCGACUGUCUGCAUCGCCGACGUGGACCACGAAGCGAUGAAGGCCGCCGAAGACUACUUCAGCUCUCGCGAGGUGCCUUAUAUGGUCACCAAGGUGGACGUCUCCAAGCGGAAGGAGGUUGAUGCCUGGAUCGAGUCGAUUGUCAAGGAGCAUGGCCGGCUGGACGGCGCUGCCAACGUGGCGGGAGUGAUUGGAAAGUUCCACGGCGUGUCUCCCGUCUCGGAGCUCGAUGACGAUGAGUGGGAUAGAAUCAUCGGCGUCAACCUUACUGGAACCAUGUACUGCAUGCGGGCGGAGCUGAGAAAUGUCGUCGACCGCGGGUCCAUUGUCAAUGUCUCUUCCAUCCACGGCCUCAAGGGCUUUGCAAGACAUGGCGCAUACGACGCGAGCAAACACGGCAUCGUCGGCCUGACACGAGCCGCCGCCCUCGAGAACGGCGAGCGCGAGAUCCGAGUCAACAGCGUGGCCCCCGGCGCCAUCUACACGCCGCUGAUGCAGAAGAACUGGGACUUUUCAGGCCGGCCAAAGGACGCCGCGUUUGACGAUCCGACGGCGUUCCAGCGGCAGGGCACGGCGGAGGAGACGGCCAACGUGAUUGCGUUUCUGCUGGGGCCGGAGAGCACGUUUGUGAGCGGGAGCGUGUAUCGGGUGGACGGCGCUUGGAUUUGAGUUGAUGCUGAUGCUCCGUUGGGGAGAGUGUCGAUGGCUUGCAU